UGACAGAUUUCUUAAAUGAAUGCUAAAGAUGUUACACAAACCAACAAAGACAAACAGAAAAUAAAUGUUCUCUCUCUAGGACACAGUGAAGUUGGUGAGCCGUUCAAAGAGGAGAAAGCUGUAGCCAAAUACCUACGUUUCAACUGUCCAACAAAAUCUACCAACAUGAUGGGCCACAGAGUUGAUUAUUUUAUUGCCUCAAAAGCUGUGGACUGCCUUUUGGAUUCUAAAUGGGCAAAAGCCAAGAAGGGAGAAGAAGCCUUAUUUACAACUCGAGAGUCUAUAGUUGACUAUUGCAACAGACUCCUAAAGAAACAGUUCUUUCACCGAGCAUUGAAAGUGAUGAAAAUGAAGCCUGAUAAGGACGCAAAAAAAGAAAAAGAGAAAGAGAAAGGAAAGACUGAGAGUGGGAAAGAGGAUGAGAAAAAGAGCAAGAAGGAAAGUGGCAAAGAUGAAAAGACUAAGAAGGAGAAAGAGAAGGAAAAGAGAAAGGAUGGUGAGAAAGAAGAGUGCAAGAAGGAUGAGAACCCAGGAACACCCAAGAAAAAGGAAACCAAGAGAAAAUUUAAACUUGAGCCACAUGAAGAUCAAAUUUUUCUGGAUGGAAAUGAGGUGUAUGUGUGGAUCUAUGACCCAGUUCAUUUUAAAACAUUUGCCAUGGGACUUGUUCUUGUGAUUGCGGUUAUAGCUGCAACUCUCUUCCCACUUUGGCCUGCAGAGAUGCGAGUAGGUGUUUAUUACCUCAGCGUAGGCGCAGGCUGUUUCGUAGCCAGUAUUCUCCUCCUUGCUGUUGCCCGCUGCAUUCUCUUCCUUAUUAUUUGGCUGAUAACUGGAGGAAGGCAUCACUUCUGGUUUUUGCCAAAUCUGACAGCAGACGUGGGUUUCAUUGACUCCUUCAGGCCCUUGUACACACACGAAUACAAGGGACCAAAAGCAGACUCAAAGAAAGAGGAGAAAUCAGAGUCCAAAAAGCAGCUGAAGUCUGACAGUGAGGAGAAAUCAGAUAGUGAGAAAAAGGAAGAUGAGGAUGGAAAAGUCGAAGCAACAGGCAACUCAGGAGCAGAUGGCUCUGGAGGGGAGCGGCAUUCAGACACAGACAGUGAUAGGCGUGAGGAUGACCGAUCCCAGCACAGUAGUGGAAAUGGAAAUGAUUUUGAAAUGAUCACAAAAGAGGAACUUGAACAGCAAACUGAUGAAGGAGAUUGUGAGGAAGAGGAGGAGGAGGAGGAAGAAGAAGAAACUAGGCCUUUACAUGAAAAAUCCUAACUCACUAGUUUUGAGACUGAAUAUGUGCAAAACAAUUGGAUUUUCUUCAUUGGCUGAUCACCAAAAUGUAGUUACAGUAACGUUCUUUCCAUUUGUUUGCUGAAAUACACGUUAUCCAAACAGUUUUA